AUGCUGCGGGGCCGCCUACGCGUCUUGGCCACUGUCGCUUCAAUUCGAGAGAACUACUCAUCAUUUAAUUGCUGUUUGCAUCCAAGGAACGUGGCGUCCAACGAAGGCACCAGCAGCGCCACGGGCAGUGGCGCGGAGUCGGCGGCACUGUUCUCCAAAUUGCGUAGCUUCUCCAUUGGCAGCGGGCCCAACUCGCCGCAGCGUGUUGUCUCCAAUUUGCGCGGGUUUCUCACCCACCGCCUCAGCAAUAUCACACCGAGCGAUACAGGAUGGAAAGACUCUAUAUUGUCCAUACCAAAGAAGUGGCUCUCAUCCGCCGAGUCUGUAGACGAAUUCGGAUUCCCUGACACUCUGCCGAAAGUACCUGUCCCACCGCUGGAGCAAACCAUGGCAGACUAUGUGCUCGCCUUGGAGCCCAUCACGACGCCGGCACAGCUGGAACGCACCAAGGGCAUCAUCAAGCAGUUCUCGUCGCCGCAGGGUCUGGGACCACGACUGCAUCAGUAUCUACAGGACAAGCGCGAGGCUGAGGAUAAUUGGGCAUACUACUACUGGCUCAACGACAUGUACAUGAACGUGCGCAUCCCUUUGCCCAUCAACUCAAAUCCGGGCAUGGUGUUUCCGCCGCGCCGCUUUAAGACCGUGCACGAUGUGGCCCACUUUGCCGCCCGGCUGCUGGACGGCAUCCUUGCCCACAAGGAGAUGCUGGACAGCGGCGAUCUGCCGCUCGAGCGGGCCGCCUCGCGCGAAAAACAUCAGCCGCUGUGCAUGGCCCAAUACUAUCGGCUGCUUGGCUCCUGUCGCCGUCCGGGCGUCGAACGCGACUCGCAGUAUUUGCCGAAGCGUGCCCAGACCAAUCCGGACAUCGAUGAGGAUCGCCAUGUGGUGCUCAUCUGUCGCAAUCAGAUGUACUGCGUUGUCCUGCAGGCCUGCGAUCGUGGCAAACUGUCCGAAAGCGAGAUCGCCUCCCAGAUCCUCUACGUGCUUAGCGAUGCGCCCUGUCUGCCAGCCAAGCCGGCCCCGGUUGGACUCCUCACAGCCGAGCCGCGCUCCCAAUGGGCCCAGGAUCGUGAGGCUCUGCAGUGGGAUGAGCGAAAUAGGCGCAAUCUGGAGCUAAUUGAGACGGCUCUGGUGGUGCUCUGUUUGGAUGAGCCGCUGGGCGUCAAUUUCAAUGCACGCGGUUUUACGGGUGCCACGCCCACCAUGCACACAGCUGGCGACCGGGAUGAGACGAACAUGGCACACGAAAUGAUCCACGGCGGUGGCAGUGAAUUCAACUCGGCCAAUCGCUGGUUCGACAAGACCAUGCAGCUCAUCAUUUGCACCGAUGGCAGCUGGGGCCUGUGCUACGAGCACUCCACCUCCGAGGGCAUCGCUGUCGUCCAGCUGCUCGAGAAGAUCUACAAGAAUAUCGUUGACCAUCCGGAUGAUGAUAACGGUUUGCCGCAGCAUCAUCUGCCGCCACCGGAGCGCCUGGAGUGGCAUCUGAAUGCUCAGGUGGAGCGGCGAUUUGCCGAGGCGGCGCUCACUGUGGACAAGGCCAUCGAUAAUCUGGACUUCUAUGUGUAUCGCUACAAGGGCUAUGGCAAGAACUUUGUCAAAUCGUGCCAGGUCAGUCCGGAUGUCUACAUACAGCUCGCCCUGCAACUGGCCCACUACAAACUUUACGGCCACCUUGUGGCCACCUACGAGAGUGCUUCCACCAGACGCUUCCUGCACGGUCGUGUGGAUUGCAUCCGUGCUGCCAGCACCGAGGCACUGGAGUGGGCCAAGGCGAUGUGUCAGGGCGAGGGUGCUAAUGUGCCGCUGGAGAGCGAUCGCGAGGAUGACGAGGAGGAUGCUCGCAAAGUCAAAUUUAGCAUUUAUAGCAAGGAUCAUCUGCGUGAGCUCUUCCGCUGCGCCGUCGCUCGCCAAACUGAGGUGAUGGUCAAGAAUAUUUUGGGCAGCGGCAUCGAUAUACCCCUGUUGGGGUUGCGCGAGGCAUCCGUGGAGGUCACCGGCGAGCUGCACGAGCUCUUCACCGAUGAAUCGUAUAAGAUAUCGCAAUGCUUUCUCCUCUCCACCAGUCAGGUCGCCUGCAGUACGGAUAGCUUUAUGGGCUAUGGUCCGGUGACACCACGUGGCUAUGGCUGCUCCUAUAAUCCACAGCCGGAGCAGAUUGUCUUCUGUGUGUCGGCAUUCUACGCGUGCGAGGAUACAAGCGCCUCACGCUAUGCCAAAUCGUUGCAGGACUCGCUGGACAUCAUGCAUGAUCUGCUGCAGAAUUAAAUGCUGCAAAUGGAAAUCGUUGGUUACAAAUGCGGAAUGCAACAAACUAAACAUAUCAGUAAAUGUACCUUAGCAACAAAUGAUCCGUAAAGAUACACAUUAACUAUACAACUACAAAUGCAACACAUCCAACAAGAACGAAAAGUUAUCUUCGGCAUGCCGAAUCUAAAAUACCCUUGCAGCUUGGCUUCGAUUAUCCAUAUAUCUAAAGAUGAUGAAACAGUCAUAACCACUUACAUUUGUCGGCAUAUCUUGGCAAAAACAAAAUCUGUCCAUUUAAACGAAUCAAGAAUAUAUAUAGAUCGUGAUAAUACCCUCUGCAGGGGUAUACAAUAUAAAAAAAGUUUCAUAUAAAAAUUCAUAGUGUAGUCAACUCGCGUCCAUAUGACGUCAUCAGUUAAUCAGACAAUUUCUAGUGUUGUACAACUCAGUUCGAUCAUUGAAUUGAGAUCAACCUGAUGUCAAUCAUCUAGUAAUCGUUAGCAUUAUUGAAACUCAUUUGCUUUAACUCACUUAACCCGUGUAACUACUUAGUAGGUGACAAAGAGCAACUCUAGUCAAUUAAAUGUGUUUUAGAGCAAUUUUAUGCGCAACUGUUAGUGCUGUUAAAUAAAUAAAUAAUUAUACAUAUCUAUUUAUGUGUUGAUAAAAUUAUGCAAUAUUAUAUUAUUAGCUUAGCUGUGUUAGAGCUUUAACUUGAGUUUUAGUAUCAUCUAAUUGGCUGUAUUAACUAACUGUCUAUCUAAAGUGAAUAUGAAUUUCGUUAGUCAGAACAACCAUUUUGGCAUCCACUGUUGCUUGCAGCUCAAAAGUAUGCAAUACUUUUUGUUCAAUGUUGUGUUUGAAAUGCGCCCCUUGAAAUAUAGAACUCGUUAUUGGAAUAUAAAUUAUAUACAUACAUAAAUGUAUUAGAUACAUGUUAACUGUCCUUUUGUUGCUGUUUCAAAAAGAGAAUUACACAUAGAUAUAAUGUAUACACACCAAUCAACUAUAUGCUUGUUAAAAAUAAAAAUUGAGCCAGAAACUAAACAGAAAGAAAGUAAAUGAUAUUCGAUAUUCGGUAUUCAUAGCAAUAUGAAUCAUUAUUAGUUGUUGAUGUUGAUGUUGACGUUGAUGUUUUGUUGACAAGCAAAUUGAAAAUCAUUGUACGUAUAUAGACUUGAAACGUAACAAUACAUAUCAAUAAAUUUAUAUACUAUAUUUACCAAAAAGGAAAACAGAAAACAUAUCAAACGAAUAUUAGAGACCUACAAUUAUUUGAAAAUUGAAAAUAUAUACAAAUACGAUAUACAUUACUAUUAUUAUACUUGAAUGAAUAUCUGUUGUUGUCUUGUAGUGAUGACUAAAAUCUUAACUAUGUUAUACAUCUAUUUGAAUAUACUAUGUAUCCAUACAUACAUACAUAAAUAAUCUAUGUUAUACACAAGACAAAUUCUUAUAUAUGGAAAUGUUAAAGGGUUAAAAAAUAUAUAUGUUGCUGUGUUCAUUGUUGCUCUAUAUAUAUAAUAUAUAUGUGUACUUAUGUAUUCGUUCAACUGUUAAAUCCCCCCCAAAAAAAAAACACUACAAAACCUAUAAAACCCAAUCUGUUAUCUGAUCUAUAUACUCGUAUGCUGUACACUGUAUUAAGUUGAAUUUGGUUAAAUGUUGAUGCAUGCGAAAAAUCACAAAAAUAAAAAUAAAUA